AUGAAUCACACGGCGACCGAAAACACGCCUAUUGAAUCGUUAUUUCUUUUCAUACUCUUGGCCAAGCACGGCAUCAAUCCCGAGGCCUUCCCGCGCAUUUCCGACGAGCUCAAGCAGAACGGCUUUAUCAACCUUCAAGACAGUUAUGAUGCUGAAAGAUUAAGCCCGGAAAAGCUCGAGCAGCUUGCUCACCGCCUCGUUCGCGAGGAUCAAGUGCGCGAGCUCGGAGCCGACGACAAGACCGCUAAUGGUGGAAAUUUAUCGCCGACGUCUCGAAAACGAAAGCUGCCGAGCCCAUCACCAUCGGCGCUCAAGGAUAUAGAGGCACAUAGGGAAAAGCUCCCGCAGCUUGUCGAUAGGCUUCAUACUAGGUAUCAGGAGCAUAUAAUACGUCGCAUUCGGGAAGAUGAGGAGGCUCUCGACAGACUCGAGCGCGAGAUCAAGGACCUAGAAGCACCGCCGCGACCGCAGCCUACCCUUCCAGCGGCAGUGGCACCGGCAGCAGCGGCACCGGCAACAGCAAGCCCAGUGCCCCGUCAAACACCAAACGUUCCGAGACCGAAUGGUGCGCCACCAGUAGUUGACACAAAAGCAGUGCAGCCCCCACGACUCAAUGGCCAUCCAAAUCAUACACCGGUGCCUAUACCGGCUGCCCAGGCGCAAAGCAUCGCCAAAGCUGGACCUGCUUCACAUCCUCCGCUGCCCUCGCAGCCUGCUCUCGAGCGCAAACCAUCGCAGGCUUCACCAUCGCCGAUUCCGACUGUAGUGAGACCGCCGGGCGAUGUGCGCCAAGUCACGCAAAGUCCCAGGCCAAACAACAUCAACAGACCGCCAUCAGCUCCUCCUUCCGGGCUGCAGCAUCCUCAAGCAGCGCCAGCAUAUUCGCUCCCUCCCCGUUCAGGGACUCCACAACCUCCUACUCCGGAUGGACUGCAGCGCCCGCAUGGCAUACCCAAGAGCCAAAGCCCGGCACCACAUGCCUCUCCGCAGCUCCAGCAACCGCAAACACCAGGGACUUACAAAUGGGAGCCGCCCUUUAAUCCUCAGCACCCUCCGUACAAUGGCCAGACGAUCGCGAGACCGCCAUCCUACCAGAAUCAACCACAACCCGGGCUUCCACAACACCCACACCCUCAUCCACAUGUACAACCUCAACACCCGCAUCAUCAGCCCCACCCGCAUUUACACCAGCAGCAUGCCCAACAUCCUCAGCAUCCUCAGCACCCUCAAGCUCAGUAUGGCAACCGCCAGCCAUCUCAGCCGCAUAUACAACCGCAUAUGCAACCUGGGAGAACACCAACUCCAGGGAACGGCCCAUACGCUCAACCUGUACUAGUACCUCCUCAAGGACCUGUACAGAAUGCUGGUCAGACCCCUCCACCGCCUCGUCAAACCCAUCAGGAUGUACCUGUUCAACAGGCGCAGCCAUAUCGGCACCCAGCAGUCAACGCCAGCGGGCCUGCUACUGCGCCUGCGAUUCCCUCCCCUCAAUAUGCCCAGCAGCAGCCUCAAUUGCACCCAGGACAACCGGGACAACCUGGAGCACGACAACAAGUUUUGCCUUCACAGACUCAUCCGGCUGGUCGUGGAUUCCCAGUUGCGCCCCCGGCUGGACAUAGGCCUCCUUUGGCGGCCCCCGUCCCACCAGGACAACAUCCUAAUGUGCAAUCUCAUUCACUGCCGUCAACGCCAAUUGCUCAGCGUUCGGCUCAACAACCAUUUCCCCAACAGCCGCCUCAUCCUGGAGCACAAAUCACGGGUGCUGCCCGGCAGCAGCCGCAGCAGCAACAACUACAUCAGCAACUACCGGCCCGGCCGCCUGGUCCCAUGGUUAGAGUGCCACCUUCAACCGCUCAGCCAACUCAGCCAUCAUCUCAACCACAAACGCCAGUAUCCGCUAGUAUUUUGUCUCAUGUGGUUAGAGGUCACGGUACAAGAUGGACGUCAACCCCCACUCCAUCUACUCCUAGAUUGGAGGUAAGCGGUUAUUUUGAACCUCAGAGUCCGGCUUUUGAACCCUUGAGUCCCUCGCCUCCACCAGCCAGUAUUCCAAAAACUUCACCGCCAGGGGCCAAGAAGGAAACACGCAAGCCCUCUUCAAAGAUUGAUGCAACCAUACCUAAAGCGCCGAGCAGGCUGUCAAGAAGCGUUCAGAAGCCGCCGGCCACCAAGGAAUCUACAGAAGAGCCGGAUGUAGGUCGUAUCAUUAAGAACGAAGAAGCUACACCCAAACCUUUUGAAGAUGCUGGCGAUACUGAGGUAGACGAGGCUGGCCCAAGCAAGACGCAUGGAGCAGGCUACCGCACGACCAACAAGCGCAAGAGACAGGACUCUCCAGUCAACCGUGGCCCGCCAGCCCCCCCUACUCAUGUGCUGUGGACUCGCUCGUUCAACAAAGUCAGUCAGUCUGCGCUGGAGCAAGUCACGAGUCAUCGCCAUGCGAAUAUGUUUGCUGCGCCAAUCAAGCCUCGAGAUGCGCCGGGCUACCCCGACAUUAUUCUACGCCCGCAAGACCUCAGAGGCAUCCGCUCAGCGAUCAACGGUGGUCAAAGAGCCGCACAUGCUCUCGAAAAGACCCUCCCUGAUCUCGACCCGAGCGCUAUGAAUGUGUGGCUCCCCAUCUCGGUUGAUCUGAUUCCUCCCAAGGGCAUUAUCAACAUCGCACAGCUUGAACGAGAACUUGUUCACAUGUUUGCAAAUUCAAUCAUGUAUAACCAAGAUCCCGAUCGAGGGGUUGGCCCUUCUUUUGUGAGGCCAGACUCGGAGGAUAACAGCGAUGAGGCUGUCGGCUACGAAGUAGACGAGGAUGGUAUUGUCAAGGAAACUCGUAAUAUGUUUCUUGAGGUUGAGAAGCUAUUGAGCGACCUCCGGAGUGAGAUUGAGCGCAAUGCUCAACCAUCGACGGUUGGCCGUACAAGCGUCAGUCGCGGUGUCAGUGUAUCUGGCGGCGACGUGAGCAACGUUGAGGACGAUGCUGAACAGCAAGCUGCCGACGCCGAAUCACAGAACACUGCCAAGAGAAGACGCAAAGGUUAG